UACAAAGAAAGAGGCCCUCCCGACUAGAGCUAAUAACCAAUAACCUCGUCUGAUGUGAUCAUUAACCUUGUUAGUAAAAGCAGCAGCUCCGCUCAGUUCGAGGAGCUUGGCACUCGAGUGUGAUACCGUUGGCCAAACCUGGGACUUUUCUCUCAACUGGCGGUGCUGUGAAUUUAAUCCUGUGUUCUGCCUUCGUCAGCUCAGCCACAACAGUUUUAAAAAAAAAUUCAAGAUGAGAUUCCAGCACCUCUUGUACAUUAUCCUCAUUGUGUGCACAGGUUUCCUGUUGAUCAGUGGACAGAAACCAGGUAAAAAAUGGAAAAGAAAACUGCAAAGGCACAAUUGUUUACAAAGAAGAUGCAUGCCUCUCCAUUCGAGAGCUCCCUUCCCUUGAGGACCAGUGAAAACACAAAGGACUUACAGCACCUGCUACUGCCUCACUAUCUCAGAUUUGCAAGUCGAGGUGAAAACACAUAAGUCUAUUUCAAAGAAUUCAGAUUGGAAAAACAUGAGUUCUUGAUUGGCGAGCACAUACUCACUCAAGACUUGGACAGAGAGUUUAUGUUCCGAAUGGAAACAAGGCAGAAAAUCAGAAGCAUGACUUUGAAGAAACGUUGGUGAAAAUUGUAAAAAUAAUUCUCCCCAGCUAACCACUUCCCGAAGACAAAGGACAACCAAAGGACAACUGUUUACUUUGUUGUAAUCUCAAUGAAUCAAGUGCAGAAUUAACAUGUGGGUAGUUGUAAUAUUGAAACUGCACGGCUAAGCACUCUACAUUCCACUUAAACUAAAUCGUGCUAUUGUAAAAUAAAUCUCUUUCUCUCAACUUAAACAUUCCACCACUGAGGAUUUUUUUCAAUCUGGUAGAAAUUGAUGAGAUGUAAUUACUCAAACUUAUUUAAACCUUAUUUAAAAUGUAAAAAUUGGACCCCGAUCAGUUCUGAGACAAGUCAAAUACAUUGUGCCAAGUGCGCAUUUCCUUUUUGAAAGUGAACUACCAUUACGCAAGAAAACAGCACGGAACAUUGAAAUCUCGGGUAACGGAGUUUAUGAUCAGUCAAAGAACCUCAUGCUGCCUUGGUUUCUGUUUUUUGUUCAUGCUCAUUUUUCUCCAUGUAACCUUCUGCCAGUUUCCCCCAAUAAUUCAACACACUCAGUGACAUUGUUCAGAUUAAUGUUACGAACCACUCUGGUACAGCAGAUAAUUUGGCAUUUUUCAU